GAAAUUGACAGAUGGGGGAGGCGUCCGCCGACAGUAUCACCCUGGACCUUCUCCGAGGAGCCAGGGACACCGUGAGGAUGAGCCCGUUGGGCGUCAUCAAGACCCCCAUGAUCCCCUGGAGCCAGACCACCCUGCCUGCCCACAAGGCCCGCAGUAUUUAUCUUAAACUGGAGAACAUGCAGACGACGGGCUCCUUUAAAAUCCGAGGCGUGGCCAAUCAGUUCGCUCGGAGGCCGAAAGGCGGCACUUUCGUCACCAUGUCCUCGGGGAACUACGGGAAGUGCUUCGCGUACGCGUCAAAAUUCUACGGCUCCAAGGCCAAAGUGGUGAUGCCGGAAAACGCCCCCAUUUCCAGAGCCGCCCUCUUAAAGAGUUUUGGGGUGGACGUGGAGAUUGCCCCCACGCCCUCUCUGAUGGGCAUAGUGAACCGCUGCGUUCAGGAAAACAACAUGACCUUCUUGCACUCCUUCGACGACCUCGACGUCAUCGCAGGAAAUGCCAGCGUGGGUCUAGAGGUCCUGGAGGUGGUGCCCGAGCCCGACGUGGUGGUGGUCUGCUGCGGAGGAGGGGGGCUGCUGGCCGGAGUGUCCGCCGCGGUCAAGCUGUCCGGAUGCGAUAAAGCCAGAAUCUACGGCGUGGAACCGGAAGGAGCCUGCACCAUGUACAAGAGCUUCAAAGAGAAGAAGCCGGUGAUCAUGGACACGGACAGUAUUGCGCCGGGACUUGCGCCACCAUAUGCAGGCACGCUGCCCUUCAAGAUCUGCCAGCGCUACGUGGAAGAAAUCAUCCUGGUGAGCGAAGACGACAUCAGGGCGGCCGUGUCGACCUUGUACCGGGCGGGCCUGGUGGUGGAGCCGUCGGGCACGGCCGCCUUCGCCGCCAUCGUUUCCGGCAAGAUACCCCGGCUGGAGGGGAUGAACGUCGUUUGCGUCCUCACCGGGGGGAACAUCGGCAAGGACGAGCUGGCGAACUACCCAGAUUGACAGAUAUACAAAAUCAAUAUUUUUUUUUCCUUGGGCGAUAUCGAUUCUUCAAAAUCGAGAAGGCCGACAACAGAUAUUUGCACCCAGUAUUUUUUUUGCAGUAAAAUUUUGACAAAUUUUUUGAAUGAUCCAAAACACCAGCAUUUGUAACUUUAUUUAAAUGUCUUUAAGCCCAUGAUGUAUCAUGCACACCUUUCAGAUUUGCAAUACAUUAAAGUUUUCAAGUAGUCCGGAAAAUAUGGAUGGACGACAGACAUCUUUGCCUUAAAAUUUUCAUAAAAAG